GUGUUUUCUGUGCAUUCUUUGUCACGGCUUCAAAAUAUAAACAUGCAAGUUAUGAAACGAAGGUCAGAUUCUGUAUACCGUACAGAAGUUGGAUCACUGCGUUGGUGUUCGUCUUGAUCUGCCUCGUUGCUAUCCUCAUCUAUGUGGCAGUGCAACAUCUGCUCCUCUGUCAACUGAGUUACCGUCAAAUGCUCGUCUCUUAGGGCUUAAAGGAUUCUAACUAACAAAGACAGCCCAACCGGUGGUGCAGUUGUCGAGACGCCGAUACCAGCAAAUAGGUGGUGUGGGGUUCAGACGAAGCCUAGGGCAACAUGGUGCUACGUGCAAUCGCACGGGCUCUGACCCGCAAGAAGAACAUCACCGAAGAAACCCAGAGAGAGAGCCACCUACGGAAGUACCUGUCGACCCUUGACCUGGUGCUGCUGGGGGUGGGGAACACCCUAGGGGCCGGGGUGUAUGUUGUCACCGGUGUGCUGGGCAAACUCACGGCCGGACCCGCCAUGAUUAUCUCCUUCCUGAUCGCGGCCAUUGUCGCCACACUGUCUGCUCUUUGCUAUGCCGAGUUCGGGGCACGCGUUCCCAAGGCUGGCUCCGCCUACGUCUACACAUACAUCUGCAUGGGAGAGGCCUGGGCGUUCCUGGUGGGCUGGAGCGUCUUUCUCCAAAACGCCAUUGGAGCUGGUUCCGUUGCGCGCAGUGCCAGUGCCUACAUAGACGAUUUAGCUGGUAACCGUAUAGAGGCGUACAUGUUGUCUACUCUGCCAAUGGAAUCCGGCAUCUUGGCAAAGUACCCGGAUUUCAUCGCUUUGGCAAUGUGCCUAGCAUUAUCAGUUGCUCUCGCUUUUGGCGCCAGAAUGUCGUCCAACGUGAACAACGUGUUCACCGCCGUCAACCUAUUCAUCAUCAUCUACGUCAUCGUCUGCGGCCUGUUCCGAUUGGACGCCAGCUACUGGCACAUCCCAGCCGACCAGUUACCCAAGGGGCCUUGCAAGGUGUUGCCUGGUAACCAGACGUCCGAAGAGCAAUGUGAAAGCUACGGCACUGGGGGUUUCAUGCCGUACGGUCUGAGUGGAGUAAUGGUUGGUGCAGCCAUGGGGUUCUAUGGCUUCAUCGGAUUCGAUGUCAUCUCAACAGCGGCCGAGGAGGCGCACGACCCCCAGAGGUCCAUCCCCUUGAGCACCAUGGCAACGGUUUUCUUCGUGUUCCUGUCUUUCUUCUGUGUGUCCAUUGUGCUGACCAUGAUGUGCCCUUACUACCUGCUGGACGAGAGGGCGCCCUUACCUGAAGCCUUUGGGCGGAUUGGCUGGACGGUGGCCAAGUAUGUCGUCACGGUGGGCGGCAUUGUGGGAUUGAUGACCAGUUUGAUUGGAUGUAUUUUCGCCCUUCCGCGGUUUAUCUACUCCAUGGCCUCCGAUGGUCUGCUCUUCGAAUGCUUGGCUACCGUGAGUGAGCGCUUCAAAAUGCCCGUCAACGCCUGUGUCUUCUGCGGCGUGGUAGCAGGUGUUAUGGGCAUGCUACUUGACAUUGGUUCGCUGGUCUCGAUCGUGGCUGCAGGAACUCUCAUGCCGUACGGACUGGUAGCCGCCAGCGUGAUGAAACUGAGAUACGAACCAGAUUACGAGUCUAUUGCAGCCGCAACUCAUCUGUAUCCUACGGUGGGUGAAGGAGAACAUGCGACGUUUAUGGACUCAUUUGCAUCCCUCCUCAAUCAAGCUGUGCAGCCACGGUAUGCCGAGGCCACCGUACUCUCGUCAAGGGUGGUGACUUUUGCAGUAUUUCUAUUAACUCUUAAUUUCAUAGGUAUAUCGUCAGUCAUUGUGUUCGCCAGUGACUGCCUGCUGAACAAGGAGCCAUGGGCUUUGGCGGUGACGUCAUUAAUGAGCGCCCUCAUCGUCAUCCUGUUGAUAGUUAUAGCCAGACAACCGCAGAGCAAUGCCGUGCUCGCAUUCAAAGUCCCGAUGGUGCCCUUGAUACCGGCAACCAGUCUAUUCAUCAACAUUUACCUGCUUGUACAGAUAGAUAGACUGACGUGGGUCCGUUACCUGACCUGCAUGUGUGUAGGAGUUGUCAUUUAUUUAGCGUAUGGGGUGUGGAACAGCAAGCAGCGGGGCAUGGACCCGAUGACUCGGCGACACAAGAAACUGGUGACGUCGGCGAGAAAUGGCGAGAAAGCACAGGAGUUGGAGCAGAGCGGGAAGCUUGGCAGACUGGAUGAAAACGGCGCACCCGCAACUCACGCAUUGUCGUCUGCGUUUGACAUGUCCCCAGUUUUAUAAUUUCGUUUCCCAAUAUCUUUUUGUUUUCAUUUAGUUCUCUUUUAUUUUUGCAAGUACAUGGUUGUAGUGCAUUCGCACCUUAUCAAUGCUUGUGUGCGAUAAACGAAUACGAUAUAGCGCCACCAAGCAACUUAAUUAUGCUGCUAGACAAGGGAAAGGAAGCUGAUUGGAUCAAUAUUCGCCUAGUUAUAACUGACCGGAAGAGGGCGUAAUAUACGUCGCCCGCAUACUGACCGCAUGCUCUCGCUUUAGUACUGUGUGCUACGAAAUUUCUAAAAACAAAAUUGUUCUAUUUGCUUUGGACUUUUAAUUGCUUUGUCAGUUUCUACAAACAUUUGUUUAUUAUCCUUUUGAAUUACCUUUUUUUUUAUAUCUCAUUUGUAAACAACUCAUCAAAUUAGUACGCUUUUCUCUCAAAAUGUUUACUAUUUUUUUCUUUUCAUUUUUAGUGCUUUGAUGGCGGAUUGCAGUCUAUUUUCUCAGUUCGACGCAUUGUUUGGUGAUCCAUUGCUUAUCAAACACAUACUGCUAGAGGCAGUGGGUGAUAUUUAGUGCUGUUCUCUAUUAAGCAAAAUUAAAAUGAAAACAAAUAUGUCAACCCUCAUUAAAAGAAUCCUCGAUAUUUCAAUUUCUAACAAUAUUUGCCAGACUUUUUCACAAGAUAUACGAGUAUCAGAUUAGGCAUGCACUUUUAAUAUUAUAAUUGUUACAUAUGCAAAGUUAACAUAAAGUUAUUUCGAAUAACAGAAGGAGA